AUGCGAUCAACUGCAGUUCUCAUUGUCGGCGCAGGUCCUACCGGCCUCACUUUGGCCCUUGAACUUUCUCUUCAGAAAAUUCCAUUUAUCUUAAUCGAUCCUCUCUUCACCCAGUCCCCUAAUUCUCGCGCUCUCGUCCUUCACACACGUUCCGUGGAACUUUUCUCUCGACAUCCCUCUCUCGUAUCGAAUCUCCUUCCUCUCUGCAAACAAAAUAUCGGCUUAAGUUUUUAUGUCAACAAGAAGAAUGCAUUCGAAAUGGAUCUCACCCGGGAAAAUAUGGGUGUGCUUGACACAGAGUAUUCAGGACCUUAUUUUCUCAGUCAGGGCGAGACAGAAUCAUGUCUUGAAAAGCAAUUAGAAGAAUAUGGAGGCAAAGUGGAGAGGGGAACAAAAGCCAUGUCCAUUGUUCAGGAUAAUACUGGUGUUUCAGUUCGGGUUAAACAAGUAAGGCAAGAUGGCUACGAAGAAUCUGACGAGGAAGAGAUUCGCUGUCAAUACAUUGUUGGAUGUGACGGAUCACAUUCCAUGGUUCGGAAAUCGGCCGAUUUGAAAUUCGAAGGCUCUGCAUACCAAUCGGAUUUCAUACUGGCAGACGUGAAGCUGAAUUGGGAGUAUGCCUCGGAUCGAUUGACGUUGUUCAUGGGAAAUGAAUUUAUGAUGUGUUUACCACUCAAAGAUGGAGUUCACCGACUUGUAUUAAAUGUUCCCAAUUCAAAGAAAGAUGAGUCGACUUACGGAGAGGCCAAAGAUGACGUACCUACUCUUAAAGAGUUUGAAGAAGCCUUCAAAAGACUUGCUAAGGGGGAUAUUGAACUCGAGAAUCCUCCUAUAUGGAUUACAAGAUUUAAACUUCAUCAUAGGCUUGCCGAUUCCUUUCGCAAUGGUCGUAUAUUCAUCGCUGGAGAUGCAGCGCAUAUCCACUCGCCGGCUGGUGGUCAGGGGAUGAACACAGGUAUUCAGGAUGCCAUCAAUCUCGGCUGGAAACUCGGCGCUGUUCUUCGGAACCAAAGGAAAGAAAGCUUUCUCGACUCCUAUAGUAUUGAACGACAUCGCGUGGGCGUCAAUCUCUUGAAAGGUACAGACCAGGUCUUCGAAUUCAUGGCCACAACCAAUCCCAUUUAUCUCUAUCUACGCAACACUCUCUUCCCAUGGAUGGCUCCGAUUGCUUUUAAAAAGGGUACAAAUCGCGCUAGGAGAUAUCGAUUUAUCACACAACUGGGAAUACGAUAUCGACAUUCGUCUGUUUGUAGAACUGCAAGUGCAUAUUAUGGCCCCAGAAGAGGAGGUGAUCGCGCGCCUGACGGAAAAAUAGUGUUACCUGAUACUCAAGAGCAGACGAAUCUAUACUCGUUAUUCAAGGGGCCAACGCAUCACUUGUUACUAUUUUCAGGAUUGGGGAGAGAGUCAAUGGAUGCUCAGGAUUUAUUAGAGACGGUUGGAACAGACUUUCCGGAAAAGGAACAAAGUUGGUUGAGGAUCCAUAGGAUUGUGGGUGGAGACAAAAAAGGAGGAGAUGGGAUUUAUGAUGAAGCAGGCAUUCUACAUGAGAGGUAUGGGUUUGUAAAUGAACCGGGUUACGUUUGUGUUAGGCCUGAUGCUUAUAUUGAAUAUAUUGGGACAAUGAAGGGACUAGCAGAAUGGAAAGCAAGUUUGCUUUUAUGA